UGUGCUCUAAGCGAAAGCCAAGUAAGCCCCACCGUCUCUCACUUUUCUCUCUUCUCUCUCUCUCUCAGUGUUCCAUAUUCAGCUAACGCUUCAGCAGUUACAGCCCCAAAACCCCGUUCUUAUAUACACCGAUUGUUCUAUCUUCCGUCUUACAAUUUGAGACAGAGGAAAGAGUUUAGAGUUGGUUGGGUUUGAGAUUUGAUGAUCAGUGUAUUUGAUGGGAGAGAUCAUUGGGUGAAAGAGUGUGAUUCGAAAAAUGCGAAAGUCAUUCAAGGAUUCGCUUAAGGCGCUUGAAGCUGAUAUUCAGUUUGCCAAUACUUUGGCUUCAGAUUAUCCAAGAGAAUAUGAUGGGGGUUGCCUCCAAAUGAGAUUAUCAUACAGCCCCGCCGCCCAAUUCUUUCUGUUUCUGAUUCAAUGGACUGAUUGCCACCUUGCUGGUGCCUUAGGAUUGCUUAGGAUUCUUAUAUACAGGGCAUAUGAGGAUGGGAAGACCACCAUGUCAAUUCAAGAAAGAAAAGCUAGUUUAAAAGAGUUCUACAGUGUAAUAUUUCCCUCAUUAUUGCAACUUCAAAGGAAACUGACUGAUGUAGAAGAGAGGAAACAGAGAGAAAUCUGUUCCAAGUACAAGAGGAAAGAUGAGACGGACAAAGGAAAGCUCUCUGAAAUUGAGUUGGAGCGAGAAGAAGAAUGUGGUAUUUGCAUGGAGAUGAACAGCAAGGUCGUAUUGCCCAAUUGCAGUCACUCUUUGUGCAUGAAGUGCUACCGGAACUGGCGCACACGCUCGCAGUCCUGCCCCUUCUGCCGGGACAGCCUCAAAAGAGUCGACUCGUGUGAACUCUGGAUCUACACCAGCAACAAUGAGAUUGCUGAUCUGUCUGCAAUCUCAAGGGAGAAUUUGAAGAGACUGUUUAUCUACAUUGAUAAGCUGCCUCUCCUGGUUCCAAAUCGUGGGAUUGUUUCUUAUGACGUUUAUCGAUAAUCUAUGCGAAUGUUGUCUAGUCUUGUUAGAAGCAAGUCCUAUGUUAAACAGGGUGGGAAUCUUUACCUAGUUGACACCAGGUUGAAUGUACAUAAUUCUCAUUCAAUUCUUUUGCAUUUCUAUUGAAAAUUGUAAAUAGAUUGCUCUGCUGCAGACACAUUCUCACUUGUAUAUCUACGAACAACCCUCCAUUUUAAAUCGGCAUAAUUGUUAAUUUGCUACCUUAGAAUUCACCUUAUUUAUAGC